AUGGGGAAUACAAUGAGCAUCCCGGAGGAAGCUGAGGAAGACAAUACAUGCACAAUAAAGAGCUAUCAGGUUCUAUCUGAAUCUCCUGACAAUAUUAAAAAUGGAUCUGCUGCAUUUGUUCAGACUCCUUCUCCUGCAAUGAAUGGUGAAGUGGAUGCAAAGGCAAGUGUUGCACAGGAUAAUGUGGCCGUUUCUUCCCCGAAGACAAUGGAGCAGAGCCCCGUUCCCGAGGCGGGCGGGCAGAGUCUCGGGAGCGCUGCCAGGAGAGCUCUGCCAUCUGCUAAAUCCCGCUCUGUCUUCGCGUUUUCAUGGGCUGUACCAGGGCGUACUGAAGAUCCAGCUACAGAUUCAUCAGUUGGAUCAGCAAAACUUGAUGUCAGCUCAGAGACACCCGGAGUGAACAAAGCAGCAAGUGACAGCGUUGAGGUUCCUGCGGCAGCUGCACGAGAGGAAGGAGCAGAUAAAAACCUGACCCAGGCCCCGCCAGCAGCAUUGCUUCAUGACAUCGAUCUCACAGCAUCUGUGACACCUGAGGGAGAGGAUGCAGCCGCCUCAAAGCCAAAACAAGUAACUUUCUUUGACAGGAUCUUCAAACUGGAGAAGGGAAAGGAAAGGAGUAAAACACAAAUUGAUACCCAGGAGGAAAGGCAGACUUCAGACCUUCCUGACGGGCUCACCACAGCGAAGGAGGCUACUGGAUUACGGAGCACAUCAAACAGCAUCCCACAGGGGAAGGAGAUAGAUGACUGCAACCGAAAAGACCUACGGCAGGACUCAGCAGGUGUCAACAGUCUCACUGCUGAGCAACCUGAAAAGGCAGAGGUAAACCAAGACAACCCUCAACCAGCUACUGCAGUAGACAACUCCGUCAUGAGUUUCCUUAAAACACUGGUCUCCCCAGGCAAAGCUGAAGCCAAAACUGAUUCAGAAGAAAAGGGAUCGAAAGCAGAAAAAGGCCAUGGUGGGCAACCUGCUCUGAAGACAGCUGCGGAAUCCCAAACUAAAGGAGCCAAGAAAAAGAAGGCAGAGAGUCCCAAACUAGGACACAGUACAUUUAGUAAACUCUUUAGGCAUAAGGCUGCAAAAGAGACCCAACAGACAACUAAUACCAAAAGCACUGAACAGCAGCUUGUUACCUCUGUAAAAUCAGACAAAAAUGUUCCCUCCUCUCAAGAGCCGCAGACAACAAAGCAGAAUACAAAAGCCCCCGAGCCUGCAGCCCAACAGCAGGCAGCAGCCACCGAAGCCCCCAAAGAGGUGACAAAGGAGAAAACGUCAUCCACUCCUAUGCCACUGAGCAAGCUCUUUUGGAAAAAGAACGCAUCGGAGAAAGCAGAGAUCAUAAGCAAUGAGAAAGCAGAUGCGUCUUUAGAAGCAGCAGCUCCUGACAAAGAUGAGAGCAAGAGCCCAGAAGCUACAGAAGUGAAACCUAGAAGAGAAGAAAGUAAAACCCCCAAAGCAAACCUGAGGAAGUUCUUUAAACUGUCAGUCAAGGGUGAUGGAGGGACAACCAGUUCAGAAGAGGUAAAUGACCCAAGCCCCAGUCACCAAACAUUAAACUCCACAGAGAGGCCAGUUACCCCAGCUGAAAGUGAACCUGUGGGCCAAAAGAGCAAAGAGGGUUUGAAAGACAAGAAGUCUACAGUGGAGCUGAGCAAGCAGAAAGGCAGCAAACAGGAACCCAGGGAGCAGCCAGACUCCAGGGAGCAGCAAGCGGCCGAGACUGACUCCAUCCAGAACGGAGGAGACGCUUCAAAGGAACCCUCCUUCAAGAAGACUGAGAAGAGGCAGUCACUCGGAGGGUUUUUUAAGGGCCUUGGCUCCAAAAGGAUGUCUGAUGCGGAAGUGCAAACAGAUCCAGUGUCUAUCCUACCUGCUGGGAAAUCCAAGUAA